AUGCGAGCUGCAGGAGGGUUUCUGGUGCUGCCGUGGCCCGCGGCCUGGGCCGGGGCCGGGGCCGGGGCCGGGGGGCCGGACCCGGGGCCGGACCCAGAGGAGGCUCGGGGGGGUCUGCUGCUGAGGUGCGGAGCUGUGCUGGGACUCACUUUGAUCUGCGUGGCGGUGGUGCGGCGUUGGAUCGCGGGCGGCGUGUGUCGUUGUCCGGCUCGUUUGGACGGGAAGACGGUUCUGAUCACCGGAGCCAACACCGGCAUCGGCAAGGAGACCAGCCGAGACCUGGCACGCAGAGGGGCCCGGGUGGUGAUGGCGUGCAGGGACCUGACGCGGGCGGAGCGAGCGGCGGAGGAGAUCAGGCGGACGACAGGAAACGGGAACGUGGUCAUCAGACACCUCGACCUCGCCUCGGUUUAUUCUGUCAGACAGUUCGCUGAAGAUUUCCUGAAGAGUGAAGAACGACUGGACAUCCUGAUAAACAACGCAGGAGUGAUGAUGUGUCCAAAAUGGCUGACAGAAGACGGCUUUGAGACCCAGCUGGCUGUCAAUCAUCUUGGUCACUUCCUAUUGACCAAUCUGCUGCUUCCGAAACUGAAGAGCUCCGCCCCCAGUCGAGUGGUCACUGUGUCAUCCAUCGCCCACCGGGGAGGUCGGAUUGACCUCGACGACCUUUUCUUCAGCCGGAGGCCGUACAGCUCGUUAGAGAGUUACCAGCAGAGCAAGCUGUGCAACGUGCUGUUCUCCAGGGAGCUGGCCCGGAGAACCACAGGUUCUGGAGUCUCGUCGUUCUGUCUCCACCCGGGUGUGAUCCGGACGGAGCUGGGUCGGCAUGUAGAGGGCUGGUUCCCCCUGCUGGGGGCGCUGCUGAGCCUGCCCUCGCUGCUGCUCAUGAAGACUCCAGCUCAGGGCGCUCAGACCAGCGUCUACUGCUCCGUCACGCCGGCGCUGGAGCAGCGGUCCGGAUGCUACUUCAGUGACUGUGCAGAGAAGGAGGUCGCUGCGGGGGGGCGGGACGAUGCUGUGGCCAGGAGGCUGUGGGAGGAGAGCGCCCGAUUGGUCGGAUUACAGGACACGUGCUGACAGGAAGUGAAGGAUCAGACACACCCCCGGCGUCACGAGUGAAGAGCGAGUGGAG